GAACUGAAGCGGCUGAUGGAGUGAUCUGCAGACCGUGGGAAACUGUGUGGAGCGCUAAUUCACUGCUGAUCGGUAAUCAUGCUCGAACCACACGAGGGUCCCGAGUUUGGGAAAGGCGAUUUCGUCCUUCUGGACACCGUCGACCUGCCACAUUUUAUGGAAAAUUUGAAACUAAGAUUCCAGAAAGGUAAAAUCUAUACGUACAUUGGGGAGGUAUGUGUGUCGGUGAAUCCGUACCGGACUAUGAAUAUAUUUGACAAUGACACUAUACAGCAAUAUAAGGGACGGGAACUUUACGAGAGGCCACCGCAUGUCUUCGCGAUUGCUGAUGCCGCUUAUAAAACAAUGAAGAGACGGGCGAAGGAUACUUGUAUUGUCAUAUCAGGUGAGAGUGGUUCUGGUAAAACCGAAGCUUCCAAGAUUGUCAUGAGAUAUAUUGCUGCGGUCACAAACGUCAGCGGUAGAUCAGAAGUUGAAAGAGUGAAGAAUGUUUUACUACAAUCCAAUGCCAUUUUAGAAUCCUUCGGUAAUGCCAAGACCAAUCGUAAUGACAAUUCCAGUCGGUUUGGCAAAUAUAUGGAUAUUAACUUUGACUUCAAAGGCGAUCCAAUUGGAGGACACAUAAACAACUAUCUGCUUGAAAAGUCUCGUGUAGUACGACAGCAGAAAGGCGAGAGGAACUUCCAUUCUUUUUAUCAGUUACUGUUCGGUGCUCCUGAUGAUGUUCUACGAGAAUUCAACUUGAAGCGAGAUUCUUCACUGCAUCACUAUGCCAACCAGGGAAAUGGACAGAAGGUUGCUACGAUCAAUGACAAGGUGGACUACAAUGCCAACAUGGCCGCCAUGAAGACACUAGGAUUCACCAAAGAUGAGCAAAGUGCAAUAUGGAGGAUUGUUGCUAGUAUAUUACACUUGGGUGAUAUGAAAUUCGAAACUGAAGACAAAGAAACAAGCCACGUAGUGACAAAGAAUCUUCUAAAAGAUAUAUCAAAGAUUCUAAAGGUGGCGCCAGAUCAGCUGGAGAAGACGCUGUGUUUCCGUGUGGUUGCCGCCAGGGGUGAAGCCAUUGAGAAGGGUCACACCAAGGAAGAUGCCGAGUAUGGAAGAGAUGCUUUCGCCAAGGCGAUAUACGAGAGGAUGUUCACAUGGGUUGUUAAUAAAAUCAACUCUGUUCUCGAAUUAUUAGCUUGCUGGUUGGCAAAACAAAUGACGUUGCAUUGCAACAGUCUGUAUUUACUCAGCUUUGAACAAUUCUGCAUCAAUUACUGCAACGAGAAACUGCAGCAGUUAUUUAUUGAAUUAGUGUUGAAACAAGAACAGGAAGAGUACAAACGUGAAGGAAUCGAAUGGACAGACAUCAAAUAUUUCAACAAUAAAAUCAUCUGUGAUUUAGUUGAACAGCAUCACCGCGGUAUCAUAUCAAUCUUGGAUGAGGCGUGUUUGACAGUUGGCAAGGUUACAGAUCAGAUGUUUAUUCAUGCCAUGGACCAGCAAUUAGCAAAGCAUAGCCAUUAUGCUAGCAGGCAACUACAGACGUCGGAUAAAACUCUUGAACAUAACCAAGAUUUCAGAAUCAAACAUUAUGCCGGAGAUGUCAAAUAUGAUGCGAUCGGUUUCAUCGACAAGAACAAAGACACACUGUAUCAAGAUUUCAAACGAUUGUUGUACAGCAGCAGUGACCCCAGUAUAAAAUCAAUGUGGCCAGAAGGUCAGGCAUCGGUCUUAGAGGUCACCAAGAGGCCACCCACAGCGGGAACUGUCUUCAAAACCUCUAUGAUUGAACUCGUCGCCAAUUUGGCUCGCAAAGAACCGUACUAUAUACGAUGUAUCAAACCGAAUGAACAGAAAUCGGCUGUACUGUUUGACGAUAAACGAUGCGAGCAUCAAGUUUCUUAUCUUGGGCUGCUGGAGAACGUGAGAGUACGGCGUGCAGGAUUUGCGUACAGACAACUUUAUACAAGGUUCUUACAAAGAUACAAGAUGCUCUCCCAGUACACCUGGCCAAACUUUCGCGGUGGGAAUGACCGGAAAGGAGUUGAAUUUCUCCUGCGGGACAAACAGAUGGAAAGUGAUGUGAAAUAUGGAAAAACAAAACUGUUCAUCCGAACACCAAAGACUAUUUUCCUUCUAGAAGAAGCUCGUGCGAAAUUAAUACCAGGAAUUGUCCUUUAUAUUCAGAAGCUGUGGCGUGGUACAGUAGCACGCAGGCGUGUCCGUCAAAUGAGGGCAGUCUACUUAAUAAUGAAUCGCUAUAGGCGAUACAAAGCCAGAUCUUUUAUGUCUCAAGUGAUUGAGACGUUCCGUGAUGUGCAGACCUUGCCGGAUUAUGGCAGUUCGCUGGUGUGGCCUACGCCGCCUGCUGUGUUGAUGGAAUUCAAAACAGAGAUGAGAAAAAUGCAUGUACGGUGGAAGGGAUACAAGAUUAUUACACCGCUUACCAAGGACCAAGUGAAAGAUUUGAAAUUGAAGAUAGCAGCUAUGGAUGCUCUGAACGGCAGGAGACCUAACUGGGGAUUUGACAAGAAAUGGGAAGGGAACUAUCUUGCAUCUGUCAGUUACAACACAGAGACGGCGCCGUUCGUGAAUACUUGUAAGCAGUUGAAGUCUAAAGAUAAAUAUAAAAAAGUCCUGUUUUCUUCUCACUGCAAAAAGGUUAAUCAUCACAACAAGUCAGCAGAUCGUGCUCUUUUAUUCACCGACAAAUUCAUCUAUAAACUAGACUCAAGCAAGAAAUACAAAGCAAUGAAAGGCGGAAUACCGAUUGAAACAGUAACCGGGGUAACUGUCACGCCAGGUGGCGAUCAGUUGAUAGCAAUACAUCUGAAUAAUGAUAAUGACUUGGUGGUGUGUUUGACAGACACAAAUGGUGACAACAGAGUUCCUGAGUUGGUUGGUGUACUGGCACAGAGUAGGAACAAAAAGAAGACGGGAAUUAAAACUGACGUAGCAUCUGAAGUUCAUUGUCGGCUAGGCAAGAAAGCCAAAUCUAUUCACGUCCAGAAAGGAACCUUUCCUACAGCUGACUUCAAGAAAGAAUCAAAUGAUUCCCUUGUAUUGAUGUGGCCGCAGUCUGUCUAAAUCAGGAAAAACAAGAAUUCAUGAUCAUGUCUCCUGCUUGAGCUAGAAUAAGAAUUUUUUUUGUUAGCAAUAAAGAUUCAUAUGCUUCUGAAUUUUGUUUUAUGUUAAAACCUUCCUGUGAGACGGCCAUCCAAGUUCAAUUUGUCAUAUUUUAAUUUUUGUGGUGAGAGAUUUACAAGAACCUUAAAAACUUAAUGUACCGGUAAGUUGUAUUCUCCACCAGAUAGAAGGCAUAUUUUCAGAUUUCCUUCAUUGUUUAUCUGAUUUUUUUUUAUUUAAAAAGCAG